CAGAUGAUGAAAGAACUGGUUCCGCUUUUUAAAGUUUCAAGUAAAGAAACAAUAAAAUUACAGGUGGAUGAAAAAUAUGAAACGCUGUCUUUAAUUUUCAAAGAGUAUAUUCGUAAGUGUGACAGUUAUUGCCUAACGUAUGACAUAUGGACGGAGACAAUGAAAAAUCAAUCGUUCCUUGGGGUAACAAUUAAUUUUUUGGACAAUUUACGUUUGUUGAGUGGGACGUUAGAAGUAAUCGAACUGCACGAAAGUCAUACAGCAGCUUAUUUAGAAGAAAUUAUGUUUAAACUUUUCAACGAUUGGAACGUUUCCAUAAAUAAAGUUUCUGCUUGUGUAACUGAUAAUGAUUCAACCAUGAUGAAAUUAAAUAGAAGCUUGUUUGGGGGGAAAAAAAUAAUACCCUGCUUCGCACAUACGCUUAAUUUGGUUGUAACGCAGUCAAUAGAUAAGUCCAGGGAAGUAUCAGCUUUGAUAACUAAGGUGCGCGACAUUGUUAAGUUUAUUAAAAUAAGUGUUAUGCCCCUAUUGCGGUUUUCAACCCGACUUGGUCGAAUUGAAGUUAAGGCAACUCAACUUCAGAUCAACCAAACUCUUUUUCGAUAUUGCGAACUUCAACUAAGUUCAGUCGAAGUAUGAUUGGCGUUGCCAACCUAAGAAAGGGAAAUUUGACAGAUAGUGAAACAGCUAAAAUUUUGUAAACGACAUAUUUAAACAUUUGAAUUCAGUUGUCGCUCGCGCAAAAGUGAAUAAACAUAUAUGUAUCAUAAAGAAUAAAUAAAAAAUGGAUAUAAGUUUUGAUUUAUAUUACAAUGACGAAAAUACUGGGGGCAAAAUUGAUGACCUUCCAAAUGCAAAGUAAGCCAUAGUUUUUUCACAAUUGAAUUGCUUUUUAAUAAUGUUUGUUGCAGAUUCAUAAGUUAUUUUCGAUUAAAUAAAGAAGCAUUUUGUUUUUUACUGAAUGAGAUGAAGGAACAUUUCCACAAACGUGUGCGAGGAACGGUCUACCUCCUAUAUUAAAAUUUUGCGCAACUCUGCGUUUCCUUGCUGACGGUGGUUAUCAAAAAUGCAGUGGAAAUGAUUUUAACAUUGGGUUGGCGCAACCUACGAUAUCUUUAGUAAUUAAAGAGGUUCUAAAUAUAAUUGAACAACGUAUUUGUGCCCAAUGGAUUAAAAUUCAAAUGAUUGAGGAGGAGCAAAACGCUUCAAAAGUUUCAUUUCAUUCAAAAAGUGCUUUCCCGGGAGUAGUUGGUUGCAUCGACGGGACUCAUGUUCGCAUAAUUUCACCAAGAAAAUAAGUGCAACAUCUUUAUCUUAACAGAAAAGGCUACUACAGUUUAAACGUGAUGAUUGUAUCUUUGUGAUUAUAAAAUGUCUAUUCGGUAUGUGGAUGCUAGGCAUGCAGGCGCAAAUCAUGACUCUUUUGUUUUCAAUGUUAGCGAUUUGAAAGUGCAUUUACAGAACAACAUACAGAAUAACACUUGGAUCUUGGGCGACGCUGGCUAUCCUCUGCACAAAUUUUUAAUGACGCCUUAUCGCUUGGCGGAAGCUUCUUCACCCCAAGCACGCUACAAUACAGUACACUCAAAGGUCCGUAAUAUUGUAGAGCGGACAAUUGGUGUACUCAAGAGUAGAUUUCGAUGUCUUUUAUCUGUACGAGGUUUACAUUACGCUCCCGAAAAGGCUACGCAAAUUGUGAAUGUUUGUUGCGCAUUGCACAAUAUUUGCCAACACUUUCAAGUGGAAUCUCCGGAAGAAAUACCAUCUACUUCACAUACUACAAUGACCAAUGAUAUUUUGGACAUAGAAAGAGAAGAAGAGGAUACGGCUCGAAUAAUUCGCAAUAAUAUUAUGACUUUCCUCUAAAUAAUUAAAAUAUUAAAUUUCAUUUAUUAUUUGUAAUGUGCUAUUUAUUCA